AUGCUCCUCUUGUCAUCUGGUUUCCGUAUGGAUAGCGGUGCAAACACCAGACACUACCAGCAUCAUCAUCACCAUCACCAUCAACAGCACACUGCUGCUACCUGGACCACCUUUUGGGCAGAUGUUACAACAUGGCUUUCAGGAAAACAAAAGAACAGCAAAUGCAAAAAGAGAACGAGUACCAUUCUCACGGAGACAUGUGGUGGUCAAGAAGGUCUAUUGUUGAGCUCCUUGUCAGAUUUCCAAAGGACGUAUUAUUCCUUCCCCGAAUUCGAUGAUUACGAUUCAGUAGAAGGGCAAGAGAAUUGGGCUUUGGAUGUCACACCUGGUGUGUAG